CCAGCAGCAGCAGAGCUUCAUUUUCUGAUCUGCUUUUGUGCUAAAAUGGAGGCUGGCCUCUCGCCCUGAGUGGAUCGCCUUCCUGGUUGAGGUUUAGAUGUUGACAUGCAAUAAAUCUGGAGACAGGAUGGUUGUGGAUGCACCUAAUUCCAAUGGGCCCUUUCAGCCGGUGGCUCUUAUGCACUUCAGAGAUGUGGCCCCCGCAGAGCAGGAGAAGCUCUUCAUCCAGAAGCUACGACAGUGCUGCGUUCUUUUUGACUUCCUGUCCGACCCGCUGAGCGACCUAAAAUGGAAGGAAGUGAAGCGGGCGGCGCUGAGCGAAAUGGUGGAGUACAUCACCCACAACAGGAAUGUCAUCACAGAGCCCAUCUACCCGGAGGUGGUGCACAUGUUCGCAGUGAAUAUGUUCAGGACGUUGCCUCCGUCGUCCAACCCUACUGGAGCCGAGUUUGACCCAGAGGAAGAUGAGCCGACACUUGAAGCUGCAUGGCCGCACCUCCAGCUCGUCUAUGAAUUUUUCCUUAGGUUUUUAGAAUCGCCCGACUUUCAGCCUAACAUAGCGAAGAAAUACAUCGACCAGAAAUUUGUUAUGCAGCUCCUAGAACUAUUUGACAGUGAGGAUCCCAGAGAGAGAGACUUCCUCAAAACUACCCUCCACAGGAUCUAUGGAAAGUUCCUGGGACUCAGAGCGUACAUAAGAAAACAGAUCAAUAACAUUUUCUAUAGGUUUAUCUAUGAGACAGAGCACCAUAACGGUAUAGCUGAACUACUGGAAAUACUUGGAAGCAUAAUCAAUGGAUUUGCCUUACCACUAAAAGAAGAGCACAAGAUUUUCCUGUUGAAGGUUUUAUUGCCUCUGCACAAAGUCAAAUCACUCAGUGUCUACCAUCCACAGCUGGCCUACUGCGUGGUGCAGUUCUUAGAAAAGGACAGCACUCUAACUGAGCCGGUGGUAAUGGCUCUACUAAAGUACUGGCCAAAGACUCACAGUCCCAAGGAAGUGAUGUUCCUCAACGAGCUGGAAGAGAUCCUGGACGUCAUCGAGCCCUCCGAGUUUGUUAAAGUGCAAGAGCCUCUCUUCAGACAGCUGGCCAAGUGUGUGUCCAGCCCACACUUCCAGGUGGCCGAGAGAGCUCUGUACUACUGGAACAACGAGUACAUCAUGAGUCUGAUCAGCGACAACGCAGCGAAGAUUCUGCCGAUUAUGUUCCCUGCUCUGUACCGCAACUCUAAGACCCACUGGAACAAGACCAUCCAUGGCCUCAUCUACAAUGCUCUGAAGCUUUUCAUGGAGAUGAAUCAGAAGCUCUUUGAUGAUUGCACACAGCAGUUCAGGGCUGAGAAAAACAAAGAGAAGGCAAAGUCAAAAGAACGUGAAGAGGCUUGGAUCAAGAUUGAGAACCUCGCCAAGUCAAAUCCACAGUUCUCUAUGUAUGUUGAUUCCUCUGACCUCAAUAGUCCUGUAGCAAUGGAGACGGAUAUCCCUUUGAUAGAAGAUGUUCAGAGGUUAAAAAAGACAGUUGAGGAGGGCGCGACUCAGUUGCAGCAGGACCAGCGGAAAGAGCGGCCCAUGGUGCGACGCAAAUCUGAGUUGCCUCAGGAUAUCUACACCACAAAAGCCUUGGAGUCCCACCGCAGAGCUGAAGACAUGUUGACCACCCACGAUGGACUCUAGGUCCCGCCACCUGCCGGCUCUUGGUUCAACUGCCCCUUCUACCCUCGACAGCCAUGGACAUCCUCUUAGCCCAGGUGCCAGAAUUACACUGGCGACCCAUGUUGGGCUCCCUCCAUCCCUCCUGCUAUCAUGAGUUACCCAGAAAUCCUCACUUCUCCUUCAUUCCUGCUGCCCCAGUGCAAGCGCCCUUUGUCCGCCUCCCUCAGAUUUCUUCUUUCUCAGGUUUUUUUUUUUCUUUAUUUGGAGAGGAGCGGGAGUGUGUUUGUGUGUCUUUUUAGCCCUCGUCACAUUCAGUGUGUUCUCCCGAUAAUUUCCCCAAUCCGUUCCUCUUGCCUUCUUUCACCUUCCACCCACCCCGUCCCCCUGUGCGCUCACUGUAAAUGUGGAACCUGGGAGUACGGACGCCACAGCGCUGGUUCCUUCAUUCCUUCGUGCAAACGUGUUCACAAUGGAUAGGACAUGGAAACAUAGGAACUGACUGACACACUGUCUAAGGAUCGUCUCUUGGUCUCUGCUUGGUUUUCUUUUCUCUCAAAGGGAACAAAAACAGAACCUGUUUGUUGGAUGAAAGACAAGACUUUCCUGUCGUCUGUUGUAUGUUUUCUUUAUUUUUUUGCUCAAACGGACAUCUUGUCAGUGCCAAGACCGUUGUGUUCUUUGUUUGUUUGUUUCAUGUUUGUAUCUGUGACUUUUAACAGGGACACCUGCCUUUUUGUUUUUCACUGGUGUUUGAAAGAUUAUUUUGUUUUAGUUUAGCACACCAGACCAAACUGAGGCCUGUCCUUAGCCUUGCAAUGUCCAGGAAAGAUGGCGAGGAAAGGAGAAGUUGUCCUGUGGACAUCUGACACUUUCCAUUUUAUUGUUUUGUGCCAUAUGCCGCUCUUUUAUAUGCUUGCUUCCUUAUGUUCAUUGGCAAUAUUUGAAAACCAGACCAUAGUGAUGCCUAGACCGUUCAAACAAUGGUACUAACUGUUUUUGAGUUGUAGUAGACGAGGAUGAACCUGAAUGAAAGCUGUAUUUAUUUGCUACCUUUGUUGCAGUGGCAAUAUCCAGGGUUUGGAUGUAGCAAGCAGAGCCCUCUGUUGCAUAUAGCGGCUGCAUAUUGAAUAAAAAGAGGAGGGCGACUGUGGGAUGUUCAUGGUGGAGUGUUGGGUUUAUAUAUACUGUAAAAUGAAUAGGGAUUAUUAUCUUUGUAAAAAGGAAAUAUAAUCAGAGAUUAGUUUUUGUUGAAUGAGAGGAGGCACAGAUCUGCACCGUCUCACCUAAAAACUCCACUCACUAACGGUUUUUAGCAGCCGUUACUACAUUAGGACCUUUGCUCAUUAUGUUUCUUUUUAAAGAGCAUGAAGGUGUAUUGGUACUGUAUGCUUUAAAGAUUUUAAUUUCCUCUAUAAUUAAAGAAAACAGAAAUGUAUUUAUUAUCAAACAUAAGAGCCGGUAACCUCAGUAGCUAUUAACAUACUGACAUCAAAUGAUUAACACGCAAAUUACUUGAUGAGAGCUACCAAACCAUUGACUUCCUUCAAAUUUAAAGGCAUGGCAUGUUUGUGUUGCUACCAUUCCUAAUUUCAGGUGUUGGGUUUGCGGGUUAUGUAUAAUGUAUCCUCCUAGUGAGGGAGUUGUUGGAAAAUAUCUUCCAGUCAGUACCAUUGUUUAAACUUAAGAGGUCUGCUAGAGUUCUUCAUAUUUGAUGUGUUGUAUUUCUUUGUCUUGUCUCUGGAGGUUAGUAGCGUGGAUGUCAGGUUUAGGAUACUUUUUUUUUUUCUGGCCAUUCAGGAUGCCCAACGCUGAAACACACUGGUAUCAAAUGGCCACAGAAAUGCCAGAUGCUGAAAAUAAACUGACAUUGUGACUUGGCUUGUUAACUGUAUUAAUACUGUAUUUGCUUGAAUGCAAAAAGAUGUAAAUUAAAACUACCAUGUUAAACAUGUACCUUUUACCCUGGAGGAAUGCCAUUCACCAAACUGAUUGAUUUCUGUUGUUGAGGUCAUUGCAUUUAUGAAACAGUCCUGCUUGCUGGGAGAGAUGUUUAAUGGAUUUUAUGAGUUCGAGUCAAGAGAUUUUUGAGGUUUAUUUUAGUGCUGAAAAACAAGUCACCUGUGAUAACAAGAGAUGAUUUAAAAAUGAUUUGGUGGCUUGUUUUGUUUCUGCAGGAUCUUUGCAGAUCUUUUAAUUUUAACAUAUUAUUUCCAAAACAUGAUAACUUAAAGUGUCCUUUUGUAUGUGACCUGUACUAUAUGAUUCAUUUAAUAUUGUAUAUAUGAUUUACCUUGUUUCAUGUAGUGUUAUAUAUCUAGAUUAAUUUUGUACAAAUUGUCCCUCUGUACAGAAUAAAACAUCAAUAGCAAGUGAAAGAAGUCAAUCUGGCACAUACCGUCUUAUUUCUUCUGUUCUGGAUGUACUUUCAGCGACAAGGAUUUAGAAAAAUGUUCUUAUUUUUAUUAAAAAUCUGCAAAGUUUCCUCCCUCCUCUAUAUAACUGACAAAUGUUCAUGCCCGUUGUGUGCUCCUAUCACUGUCUUUAGUGGUGUACAACUAUAUAGAAUGAAUAAAGAGAUUAUUUGAAUAUA